AUGUUUCUCUUUCUCUUUCUCUUUCUACCCCCACAUGCCCUCUUUCUCUCUCUCUCUCUCUCUCUCUCUCUCUCUCUCUCUCUCUCUCUCUCUCUUUCGCGCUCAUUUCUUUUUCAUUCUUUUCUCCAAAUUGUCUGUUUUCUUAUCAGUUUGAUUAUUUUUCUUCAUAUUCAUUUUCAUUCUCUUUGCAAUUUUUAUUUUCCUUCUGAAAUUUUCCUUAAUCAUUUCGUCAUUCAUAUUCUCCGUUUCUCAUGCUCUGUAAAUAAUCCUGUCUUUAUUCUUCUUUCACGCCAUUUAUCCUCUCUUGAUAUCCCUUUCUUCGGUUUUGAAGAUAAUCUAUUUUGCUCUUCCAUAGCAUUUCUCCGUUCUUGCAUUCUCUCCUUGCCCUCCUUGCCAAUCCCACCCACUUUCACACGUAAAAAAAAAAAAUUCUUUCUUUCUUUCUUUCUUUCUUUCUUUCUUUCUUUCUUUCUUUCUUUCUUUCUUAUUCUCUCAAUCCGUUCUUCCAUACAUCUUUAUCUUUUCUCCGCCUUUUUUCAUCUCUCGUCUGCCUUUUCGCUUGUCUUCAGUUAA